AACUGAAAUAAAUCCCGCAAAAAAGCAAAAAUAUUUCAUUCUAUUUUUCCUCCCAAUCGAAGAGGGCAAGAGAGGAGGCCGAGAGGAAAGAAAAGCAGCCAUUCAGAUUCAUUUCACUUUGAUUUGAUUUCAAGAGCUUUGCACUGCACAUGACCACUGUGGAGCACGUAAAUGCAAAGGUAUGGGUUUUAUUGCAGUAGCAAAAGAUAGUCUUUCAAACAUAGACGCUUUCAUAAAUAUCAAUGUAUUCAUCUCCACCAUCAUCAUCAGGGGCCAUGAAUUUCCUCCAGGAUAAUAAUGACAAUAUUAAGAAAAUAUCAUCUGGCCAGAAGUCUGCAGGGACUCGACCAUCUGACCACAAGAAGAAAAAAAGUAGAGUUAUUAAGGAGGAGGAUGAAGAUGAAGAUGCCCUGCCAAUUGGUAAGGUUUUGAUCAGAAAAGGAGGAAAACCCAUUAAGAGAAAAGUGCCGGAUUCCAAUACCCAAAUCGAGAUUGAGAGUAAGAUUGAUGAGUCUUCACUGUCUAAUGAUUCUAGGGUUUCUAGGGUUUCGAGGUUUAGAGAGGGGGAUAUGGUGUGGGGAAAGGUUAAGUCACAUCCAUGGUGGCCGGGCCAAAUUUUUAACCCUGCGCUUGCCACCGCAACGGCUAAAAGGUCCCGCAGAAGUGGUCAUGUGCUUGUGGCCUUUUUUGGUGAUGCAACUUUUGGAUGGUUUGUUGAGUCCAAUUUGAUUCCAUUUGAGCCCACAUUUAAGGAGAAGUCGAAGCAGACAGUUUCGAGGAGUUUCAUUGAGGCUGUUGAGGAUGCUAUAGACGAAUUGUACAGGCGUGCUGCAUUGGGUUUGAUGUGUAAUUGCAGGAAUAAGUUCAAGUAUGGUUCAACUAGGGAUGGUUAUGUUGAAGUAUUGGUACCAGGGUGGGAACAGCCUGUUGUUUAUCCUGAUAGGAUCCUAAAGGAGGCAAGGAAUGGGUUUAGGCCUGAGCAGAUGCUUGAUUUUGUCAAGAAGAUGGCUGUAUCUCCCUGGUGUGGGGAUAACAGGACUAUUGCGGGGUUCAAGUUUGCUGGUGAAGUGAAGGCAUAUCGAACAGCAACUGCUGUUCCAGUCUCUGCAAAGUAUCGAGAAGACUUGGGGAUUUUGCAGAGAAAACCUGGAAGUGUUUUGGAAAUUAAUGUUGUUUCUGAUCAGCAAUUUCGUUGUUGCGAAGAAGGUACACAGAGGAAGGCAGUGGCUCAGUUCUCCGUGAAGGAUCAAAAAGGGCAUUCUAAUUUGGUCGAUGGAGAGGGGAUUUCUAUCCUUGAAGGUCAAGCGGGUGAAAAGGAAGACUCAUAUUUGUUUAAAAGGCGAGAUAUAGUUAAUGGAAAACAAAAUUCCACAAUCAAAGGCUCUCUGCCAAAUGGCAUUAAAAAGUUCAAAAUUGAUCAGGGAACUACAUUGUUGGGUGAUGCAGAGGAAACUGAUGAUGUUAGUAAUUAUGUAUUUAAGAAGAGAAGCCAACAGGAGGAGGCUCUGGCUGUUGAAAAUAAAGGAGAAAGGAAGAAAGCAGACCAGAGAUUGCACGGAGAACGACAUGAUCUUCCAGAAGUAAAGAAAAGAAAAAGGAAAAAUGAUGAUCAUAUCCCACAUCUGGAAGUCCAAGCUGUUGAAAAGAAAGAAGAAAGGGAUGAAACAGAGCAGGGAUCACCCAGAGAAAGGCAUGCUAUUCAGGAAGUGAAAAGAAGAAAAAGGGAAUCUAUUGCUCAGAUCUCACACCAGGAGAAGGAAGCUCAUACUGUCAAUAAAAAACAAGCGGAAGGAAGGAAGAAGGCAAAGGAGGGAUCUUACAGAGGUCAGCCCAAUCUUCAAGAAAAGAAAGAAAGGAAAAAUGAAACUGCUGAGCCAACCCUACAUCUUGAGAAAAAUAACAGCAUGGAUAAACAUGCUUUGAAAAGAAGGAUAAGUGACACUGAAGCAUUGAAUGAUUGCCUUUCAAAUACCAAUCUUGAGAUUUCUAAUAGAGUUCGAAUGAAACUGGCUUCUAAUGAUUUACAUAAAGAAUCUUUGUCUAUCCAAUCUGUACAAAGCGAUGCUCUUUGGCAUGAAGCUACAGAAAAGCUGCAAAAAUCAUUGCCAAAUAAGAAAUAUAAAAGGACUGUUCAGGUUGGUGCUGAUUCUGAAGGUACAACUCAAAUAGAACAGGUGACUCCUGAUGAAGCUGGCUAUGUGUCAAGAAAAGCAGACAAGUCAAAGAAAGAAUCAUCCUUCAAAGACCUUGUAGGGGGUAAAGUUCUUGGUGUCAAAUCUGACAAAAGUUUUCCUAAAUCAUCAUCAAAGAAAAAAUCUGCAAAAGCUCUACACGUUGAGAAGAAGUCGAGUGGAAAUCUGCUGUGUGGGAAGGAGGCUGCUGGCAAUAUCUUAUCAGUGGAGACUGUUGAAGCUGGAGGAGAGGAUUUAACUAAUGACAAGUUAGUUCAUGAGAAACAAAGAGUGGAUUUGGGAAGCAGUAAACCAUACACAGUUGAUGCAGAAAGAAAUAUCUUAAAUGCAAGGCUACAGGAAGGACAUUUAGCUAAAUCAGAUCACGUUGAGGUGGAUAAAUCAAUUGGGCUGACAAGUGCAAAUGAAGCAUUAGCAGAUGCUGGGAACCACUCAUUUUUCAACAGUGGUGCUCAUGAGGAAAGUGAAGUAACAGCAAAUGUGAAUAUUCAAAAUUUAGAUUAUAGUGCCAAGCUGACAUGUAAUCGACUGCAAUUUGAUGCAUGCAAUGAUUUCCAUUUGGAUGCCAUGCAUUCAAAUGAUAGGUGUAAGUUGAGUCUUGAGAAGAAAUCUUGUUUUAAGAACUUGAAACUUCCGAGUAUUGCAGUGGGUCCAGGAUCAGAUAGUUCUGUCAAACAUUUAUCAGAAAAUCUCAAUGCAAAUCUUCUCAAUCUGAAUGAUGUUACUAAUGGUCAAAUUGGGAUUUACGAGGAAAGAGGGACCUCCAAAGUAUCUGAACUCAAUCUUGAUUUUGAUAAACGCAGUUCAUGGACAAAGGAGAAUGUUGAUAUUUCUUGUCCAGCCUCUGAAACUAGCACAUAUAUUAGUAGUAGUAGCUUGAGCAGUGAAACUAAUGUUGUUGCAGGCACAGAUUUAGUAAUUGCUGGUCAAAUGGAUGAUGUUGUUUGCCUGAGUCCAAGUUUCGAGCCCACAAUUGAUCACAUAGUUGUCUGCAAGCCAGAAGGGUUUAUAAGACCUGGAACAUCUGCAUCAUUAGGUGAAGAUCGAUGUAAUGAUAACAGUCAACUAAUGCCAACUGCUGUCACUGAGCAUGGCAUGAAUGCAUCUGACAAGCAAGCAGUGGGAGAUGUCGGGACAAAUAAAUAUGAUGGUAAUCAUACCUUUCAUCUUGAUGGAAGGGGUGAAUCUAAAGAGGAUGAUCAAGGAUCUUCAGAUUUACCAUUGGUUCAAGAUCAAGGGCACAAUUUUUAUGAGAGAAAUGUUGAUUCACAGUUUCUUCUUCAUCAACUAGUGAAGGAUUUAAAGUCCAUUGCAACAGGUCCAUUCCAUGGCAUUAAAUGGGAUUGCUUAGUGGAUUUAAGUAGGGUCCUUUUGAGAUUCAGGUCUGUAGUGUAUGAGAAAAUUCAGGAUUCAUCAUAUAUUGCAGAUACAUCUGAGAAUGUUGUGCCUUCUACUGGCAUUGAAAUGGAAGACAAUAAGAAAGAGAACGAGGCAGCUGAUAGGCCUCUAAUGUCUUUGUUAGGUAAUGUGGAUGCUAAUGGUGUGGAUGCCUCCAGACGAAGUGAGGCUACAGUUGCUGCUGUAUCUAAUUUGGAGCCGGUUACUAAACUUUCCAAUAAUAUGAGUCAAACCAACGAAGCAGACUCGCAAGCAAAGGAAAGCAAAAAGAAAAAAAUUGUUGCUUGGUCUGAUGGUCAUUCAAAAAGCUCAAAGAAAUCAUACAGCUCCCCUGAGAAGUCUAGUUCAAAAAUGAGUGCAAAAAGGCAUUCUGGCAUUUCUGGAAGGGAUUCAAGAGAGGCAGUUCGAUAUAAAAAGAGGUCCAACCAACCAUCUGAUUCUUGCAAAACUCUGGAGGAGCCAAUGGGCCUUUCCAUGAAAUUUCCACAAGGUUUUGCUUUGCCAUCAGAAGCACAGUUGAAAGCACGCUUUGUGCGAUUUGGUCAAUUAGAUAUCUCGGGAACUAGAAUAUAUUGUCAAACAAACUGCGCUCGGGUUGUUUUUAAGUGUACAUCUGAUGCUGAAGCAGCUUAUAAAUAUGCAAUGAAGAAUAGCUUGUUUGGUCAAGCUAAUGUGAAAUUUAAACUUAAACAAAUGAUUCAUCCAACAAAGGAAGCUGUUUUGAUGCAAAGUGGUUCAGAAUCACAGAACAAAGGGACUGAGACAUUGCAAGGCAAUUCCAAAGUGUCCAAAGAAAGAAACAUUAGGGAAGAAGUGCCUUCUGCAGUGCCAGAUGUGAAGUUUGACACGUUGGAAGCAAACAUUCAAGAUGAAACUCCUAAAUUACCAGAUACUGAGACACAUGAUUUGUGUUCAUUGUUAGCAUCUGAUGGACCUAUGCCUGCAGAAGCAUCUGACGAUUGUCCUUUAAAUGAGCCUUGCACAUCACCCUUAAUCCAAUUGAAGUCCUGCUUAAAAAAGCCUGAUGAAUCAGGGAAUAUUAAUAUUAAGGAAUCUAUACGUGUAACUUUUCUCUUAGACAAGGAGGAUAGGCCUGAUAUAAAUGAUAUGAAAUCUGGAUUUUCUCAAAAUGAAAGUUGUCGUGAUUCUGUGCCAGUUGUAGGCCCUCAAAAUAGUGCAGUAGCACCUGAACCACCAGAUAUUUCCAAUCAAAUGAUGUACCUUCUCAAGAAAUGUAAUGAAAUAGUCGGCGACAUUAGAAGCUCAAUCGGAUAUGUACCAUAUCAUUUAUUCAGUUCUAGUACUUGAGGAAGUUCUUUUGUAAAGAAAGCAUCAAAUCCUCAUAAGUUGUGUAGUGUAUACUGAUGGUUUUGCAUGCCAAUUUCACCAAAAUACCAAGGGAUUCAGUACAAUUAUGAAACUUUUCAGCGCGACUUCAAAAAUUGGAAGUUCUUCUAGAAAGCAAGCGAGAUGUUCUUUCUGGCACUAGAGGAGAGGAGUUUAGUUGUUUUUGCCUGUUUCUCCUUUUAAUCAAUAAUGGCCUUGGUCAUGUUUUGGA